AUGCCCCAGCGGCGCCACGGUGUCGCCGCCGCAGCCCUUGAGGGGCAGCUCUGGGUUUGCGGAGGUAGCUAUGGGCGGCAGGAUGUCCGCACUGUGGAAGUCUACGACGUGGACACAUUUGCUUGGGUUCAGAUGCCCUGCUGCAAUUUGCACAA